GUAAAAUACAAAACGUUAAAAAGACUGGUUACUGACACUAAGGACUUAUUAAAAGAAGAUAAUUCUUGAAAAUUAACGUUGUUUUCUUUUUUGAAUUAUUUACCAUGUUCGUUGCAAAAAGUCAUACGUUACUUUUCACUGUAAACUUUAUUGCAGCAUUUAUUUGCAUAUUAAUAAUAUCUGGAGCUGGAUUGUUUAUGUUGUCAGAAGAAGCUAAUUUUAUGAUAUUGCGUAAAACAGUAAAAUUAUUUGAAAAACAUGUUGUUCCAUUAAGUCGAAAUUAUGGUAAUGGUGUGGGACAGUUGAUUAUGAAAAUUACACAGAAUCUAAGUAUUGCAGUGUUUACAUUCAGUAUAAGUAAUUUACUAGUUUGUAUUAUUGGAUUGAUUGCUAUAUGGAAUCAAAAAUCUACUUUAUUAAGGAUGUAUCAAAUAAUACUAGGAUUCCUUCUUCUUGGACAUUUAUUGCUGACCGUUGGAUACUAUUUCAGUGAACAAACUACUGAAGAUCAUCUAAAAGAUUAUAUUAAAGGUUUAAUGACAGAAUAUGUAUCAUUGAGAAGUGGAACUCCAGCAAGCUUAUUUACUGCCAGUGUAAUGGUUAUGUUAAAUUGUUGUGGAACCACAUAUAGUCAGUCUGGUCGGAUAUAUCCAAAGUUUAAUCCAAUUGAUGCUUACGAUAACAUAAUUUAUAAAGGAAUAAAUCAACCUAUACCAUGUUGUAGAAUGAAUGAUCAAUUAGAAAUAAUCAACACUACAUGUCCAUAUGAAUAUACAAUAUACAAUAGUAAUAUUGGAAUUAGUUGUGAUAAACCAUUUGCAGAAGAAAUCUCAUUUUAUUUGAAUAUAAUGGUAUUUGCAAGUAUUUCAGUUUUAUUAAUUAAUGUAUUAAUGUUAUGUAUUGGAGUAAAGGCAAUUAAAGACUUCAAUCCUAUAAAAAUGUAAGAGAUCAUUGUACCAUUUUCUACUUUUGAUGCAUCAAUGGUUUCAUUCUAGCGAGAAAUAUAAUGGAACAAUGUAUGUUAAAGUGACCCAACUACUGAGAACCAUAUUUUCUUCGUAAUAAAAUAUUUGAAUUCGUG